AUGGGGUCCUCCAUCCAGCCAUCAAGAUUUUUAGAUAGUGCCGUGCUAUCUCUGUUUGCCAUGAUCAUUUCGGCAGCAUUCCUCUACAUGUUUUCAGAAUUUUACUUGCUAUCAUUCGAAGCGAAGUUACUUAACAACAAAAUAAGCAUGGUGUUGUCUCGUAUAUUUCCAUUCAAAACCUUCGAGUACAACCUGACCCACAUAUUGCUCCUGACCAUAUGCAUAAUCAUGCUUAGCCUCAAGCCUGAUUAUAACGUCCACAGCAAGUCCAGCAGUAGUAAGGACAUCAAAAGAAUCCCAGGGAAGGAAGAUUCGCACAAAAUGGAUGACCUUGAUAGAAUGUCAAGGGACAAGAAAAAAUGA